CCUCGUUGCCACCAUAACCUCGAAUCUAUUCACUGCCUCGCGCCCCCGAGCUCCUCCUUCGCCGGCCACGUCGUGCUGCCCUUCUCACCGCGCUGAGGGGCGUUGAGGGCGCAUCAAGCCAACCCACCGACCACCCCUCGCACACCCCCUCACACCGCCACCACGUCCUGCAUGGCAGCAUGGGGCUCAUCAAGAAGAAGACGGCAUCGCGGGGCACCGAGGGCGGCGUGAAGUACGUCUGCGACGUGUGCUCCGCCGACAUCACCGCAACUGUCCGGAUACGCUGUGCAAACGCCGCCUGCCACGAAUACGACCUCUGCGUGCCGUGUUUCGCGGACGGCAAGUUCUCGCGCGACCACGACCCCAAAACCCACUCCUUCCAAGUCAUCGAACAGCACUCGAUCCCGAUAUUCACCGAAGACUGGGGCGCCGACGAGGAAUUGGCCUUGCUGGAAGGCGCCGAAACGUAUGGGCUCGGGUCGUGGGCCGACAUAGCAGAUCACAUUGGCGGAUGUCGGAUGAAGGACGAGGUGCGGCAACAUUACAUCGACACCUAUUUGAACAGCUCCAAAUUCCCUCUUCCUGAACACGCCAGUCCAAACGACAAACGGCUCAGCGAUGCUGUCCCCCGCGAGGUCUUCCAGGCUCGCAAGAAGCGGAGGAUCGAGGACAGGAAAGAAGAUGCCCGGAACGCGCCACCCGCCACGCCCAAACAGAAGCCCACGGCUAGUGUACCGGCAUGUCACGAAGUUCAAGGCUACAUGCCCGGUCGGCUGGAGUUUGAGACCGAGUAUUUCAACGAAGCCGAGGAAGCUGUGCAGCAUAUGCAGUUUGACCCCGGAGAUGGCGUCAACCAACGAACGGGGGAAACAGAGCCAGAGAUGGAGCUUAAGAUGACGGUGAUGGACAUCUACAACUCGCGGUUGGACGCGCGAGUGGAGAGGAAGAAGAUUAUAUUCGAGCACAAACUACUGGAAUACAAGAAAAACGCCCUAGCAGACAAGAAGCGCACGAAAGAGGAACGAGAACUAAUGAACAAAGCCAAGCCUUUCGCGCGAAUGAUGAAGCACGAAGACUUCAAGAGCUUCUGCGAAGGUCUGGAGUACGAACACAACCUAAGACAGGCCAUCGGCUGUCUGCAAGAAUGGAGGCAGUUGCAGAUUGGAGAUCUGAAGUCGGGCGAGAAAUACGAGCAAGAGAAGCAGCUACGACAGAGUCGCGGCCCGCCAGUAGGCCAGUUCGAUCGAUUAGCAGCCAGCCGCAUCAGCAAGCCAACCCCGCCGAUCGAAACACCAUCCGCAACCACCGCCUUGACAUCGCCGGGACUGGCACUGCGCCUGAACAACGGCUUAUCAACACCUCCACCAGAUAGAGUUCUCCCAAAUGGGACCAACGGAGUCAACGGCACCAACGGCUUGACCAACGGUGUUGGCAUGGCGCACGUGAAGCCAAAAUUCUCGAUCCAAGCCCUCCCUAACACGGUCCCGCUCAAGUUCGGCAAAGAGAACCAAGCAGACCUGCACCUUCUCACGCCCGAGGAGCAAGAAGUCUGCAGCAUGCUGCGCAUCAUGCCGAAGCCCUACAUGGUCAUCAAGGAGGCGAUGCUCCGCGAAGCGCUGAAGCAGGGCGGCAGCAUGAAGAGGAAGAUGGCACGCGAGGUGUGCAAGAUCGACGCCAACAAGUGCGGCAAGCUGUUUGACUUUUUUGUUUACAGCGGCUGGAUUUCCAAGGCGUAGGGGCGCCUGCUUACUCUAUCAUUGCUCGGAGUACCUACAUUUUGGGCGGUCGGGGGCCGAUGGCGUUACGCUUUUGAUACCCGGAGCGUGGGCUGGAUGUGUUUAGGUAUGGGUGGCAUGGUAUAGGACUGUUCAAGUAGCACUAUUCAACUGAAAUAGGAUGCUUAUCCAGUACUCCUAGUGCUGCUGUGGCAAAAUAUUUGGUAACUCUGAAUCUUCCUUCUGUGAAAACUUAUGAUCACUCGUCUGCCGGUGUCUGGGAUGGCCCAGCGCAUCAUCAGAAAAUCAAGUGAGAUCUAUACUGCUAUACACCGUGAAUCAGAGCAGUUCCAAG